AUGUUACUCCCACUCGAAAUCCUAGAUAUUAUUGUAGAGAACAACAAUGAUAGUUUGAAGACUUUGAUCAGUUGGGCCAAAAUUAGUUUACAUUUUAAAGAAAAAAUUCAACGAACUAUAGGUAUUAUUACAAUUAUUGAUGGCAUGACAAGUCCUGUGUAUUACCCAUUAGAUUAUAAUAUUCUUUUUAACCAUAAUAAUAAUAUUAUAAUAAAUACUUCUGAGUUUGAUAGCACUAUACUUCAAUCUUUCAUGACAAAAAAGGACCGCAUUUUAAUAUCUAUUCAUUCAGACGAGAUGUACAGUCAGAGAUUGAGACUUGUUCUAAUUGAAAUAUCUCGUCAUUGUCUUCUAAAUACUGUUAUAUGCAUAAUAUAUUAUAGCACCCAUAAUUAUAUGUCGAGAUUAUAUUUUCAAACACUUGAAAAGUUUUCAUCUGUGUUAACAUUUUCUGAAUUAUACGUAUAUGGGAAUAGACACGGCUGCCUCUAUGAAGGGUUAUUUGAUUUAGUCAAUUUUUUUCGAAAUUCUUAUAUAAAUGACAUCCAGAACAUUCACUCACUUACAAUUAUUAAAGGUAUCAAUUCAAUAACGUCUUCUUCUUUACGAAAUAUAGAAACUCUCAGUACUAGAUCAUCAGAAAUUGAUAUCUAUAAUAUUCUGAAAUCAUGUCCAAAUAUUACUACUAUUGGUUCUUUAAAAUUUCCAACAGGACCCAUAGAACAUUAUAAAUAUAUCCUGCCUAGGACUGAAUCGAUCUUUUUAUCUGAUUAUUAUCCACAGUUGCACAAUGUCAUGGUUGAUGGUACUUUAAUAAACAAGAGGUUAGACCUAUCAACUGAAAAUUGUAUAACAAAUCCUACAUUUACAGAUCUUUAUUUUCCAAAUAUAUCUUCUUUGCAACUUCAUUUGGGAAAUACUCCUUACCAAAAUAUUCGAUUUGAGAACUGUAAUUUUUCAAAAUUAACUCACUUAAAUUGUGACACAGGAAUCGUUCCAUGGGAAGAUGUUAUCCAAUCAGGUGCAAAUAUUAAAAGUAUAUCCUUAAAAUUAUAUACCACUGAACAAAUUAAUUGGUUGAAUAAUUGUCCAAAUGAAGUAGAAAAUAUUGAAAUUUUAUCUACAAAAACUAAUAAUAUACCUAACAUUUCUUUUACAAGUUACGACUUAUUGUUAAAUCGCUAUACCUACAUUUGUCUAACAUUGCAAACACUAUUAAAUUGUAAUAUUUUACAUAAUGUUAUUCUACCAAGUCAAUUAGAAGUAGAAACGUUUGUCCUCAAAAUUGAUGAUAUAAAUAUUAUUGAAGAAAUGAAGAACACUACGAAUUAUUUACAUUAUUACCAUUUAGUGGGUUCACAAUUCGAUAAUUUCCAGUUCACUCUACCAUAUGCAAAAUAUUUAACAAUACAACAUACUAACCACCAGCAUGUGAACUUACCUCGUAGAUUUCUAAAUGAUAUAAACACCAUUGAGGAGCCAUAUCUUUACGAUAAUAUCAAUUACUACAACAGUAUGCUUGGUGUACAACCACUGAAAACAAAUAUAAAUAUGGGAACUGAGCAACCAUCUAGAAGAUAUAGUAACGAAUCUAUCAAUUCUAUUAAAACAUACAGGAGUAUCAAUCGCAGAAGAUCAUCGCAAAUGUCAAAUAGCCUACUGGAAUUUCCUCACCCUCCCUAUAUUGCCGAAUUAGAACAAAAAGUCUUUAAAUUCGUUUUUGUUGAAAAUAUACCAAAUAUAUUGUCAUUGGAUCUAUAUACCUUAGAGAAUAUUGAUUUUUCUUUCAAAAAUGUCCAGCAGGGCAUUUUACCUUUAUUGAAAAUAAUAUUAUCAAUCAAUGACGCCUGUGAGACUAAAGAACAAUUAACUACGUUAAUAAUGAGAGCGAUCUCAAAAGUGUUUAAUUUUCCAUUAAUGAUAAAGUUUCCUAACAUUAUCAUUGAAAGAUUACAAUUAGUAAUUGAUAUUAAAAGUUCGAAAAUUAUCAAUGAACAAUCGUCAAAAGAUUAUCUUAAUAUUUUAGAGCAAAAUAUAACUCUACAGUAUAAUUACGUUAAUAUUGUCCCUUAUAGCGAAAAUACAACCUAUCGUUACACAAUCUGUGUUAAUAUUUAG